AUGGCUUCUCUCUUCAUGUUCUCCUGCAUCUUCAUCAUUCUUUCUUUCUCUUUCAACCAGUUCUUCUUUGUCACAUCCACUGAAUUCGAAGUUGGUGGCGAUCAUGGCUGGGUUGUCCCCAAGCCUAAGACCGACCAAAUGUACAACCAGUGGGCUUCCAAAAACAGGUUCAACGUUGAUGACACCGUCCAUUUCAAGUACAAGAAAGACUCGGUUUUGGUGGUGAGUGAGGAGGAGUACGAGAAGUGCCAUUCGGCUCAUCCUCUCUUCUUCUCCAACAACGACGACAGUGUCUUCAAACUGGACCGGCCCGGCUUGUUCUAUUUCAUCAGUGGGGUUGCCGGACACUGCGAGAGAGGCCAGAAGAUGAUCAUCAAAGUUCUCGAGCCAGCAAACCCACCACAAUCCGCUAACAGCAACACGACAACAACUGACUCAUCGAAUAAUAUCAUGGCUCCCAUUUCUUCUCCAGUUAUCGUGUCGUCGUUCAUGGUGUCUUUCUUUGGGGUUCUUUUCCUUUGA